GGGGCGUAGGGGAGGGGGCACAAACAUGGCCGACGAGUCGGAGGAAGUAAACACAGCUGCAGGGGACGAUGACACUGAUCUACAGCUACACGAGCCCCGAGCUUCUGCAGCAGAGACCGACAGCGACUCAGACGGCCGCGAUGCGCCGGGCCCGGCGGAGAAGCCGACUCCGGCGGCGGCAGAGAGCAACUGGUCGGCCCCCAUCCUGUCACUGGCUCGGAAGGCCACGGAGACGAUUACCAGCGGGGUGAGCUACGCUGCCGGCCAGAGGAGUCAUUCUCUGGGAUCCGCUGCGAGCUCCCCGACGGAGAAGGAGCCGGAAAAUGGACUCAGUCCUACUUCUAAAAAACUUCCUGUCCUGCCCCCCAAAGACCCCACGGCCAUAGAGAGGUCCAACCUCCUCAGCAUGAUGAAGCUGAGCAUCAAAGUGUUGAUUCAGUCCUCCUUGAGUCUGGGCAGGACGCUGGACUCAGAGUACCCUCCCCUGCAGCAGUUCUUUGUCGUCCUGGAGCAUUGCCUCAAACAUGGCCUGAAAGCCAAGAAGUCUUUCAUUGGUCAGAACAAGUCCAUAUGGGGACCCCUGGAACUGGUUGAGAGGUUGUGUCCAGAGUCCGUUAACAUUGCAACAAGUGCACGAGACAUGCCCAGCAUUAGGACCGGUUUGGGUAGAGGAAGGGCUUGGCUACAUUUGGCGCUCAUGCAGAAGAAAGUAGCUGACUAUAUGAAAGCUUUGCUGGACCGCAAGGACCUCCUGAGUGAGUUUUAUGACUCUGGAGCGUUGAUGAUGGAGGAGGAAGGGGCGGUCAUUGGGGGACUGCUGGUGGGCCUCAACGUAAUUGAUGCAAAUCUCUGUAUUAAAGGGGAGGAUCUUGACUCUCAGGUGGGAGUCAUUGACUUUUCCCUUUACCUGAAAGAUCCAGCCAACAGUGAGACUCAAAAAGAUGAUGUAAAGAUGACAGCCAUAUUGGAUCAGAAGCACUACAUUGAGGAGUUGAAUCGUAACUUGAGCGGCACCGUCACUGACCUUCAGGCUAAGAUGGACUCUAUCGAGAAGACCAACUACAAACUCGUGGAGGAGCUGACGGCAGCGACGGACAGAAUCAACUCUCUGCGGGAGGAACAGGAGCAGCUGAGAAAACACAAUGACUCAAUCCUGCAGUGCAGCCAGAAAAAGGAAGAGGCAGCUCUUCAGGACAGCCAGGUGGAGCUGGAGACAUACAAACAGACCCGCCAGGGCCUGGAUGAGAUGUAUAAUGUGGUGUGGAAGCAGUAUAAGGAGGAAAAAAACAUUCGCCAGGAGCUGGAGCGUGAGUUGGAGCUGCAGGUGGGGUUUAAGCAGGAGAUGGAGGUGGCCAUGAAGUUGCUGGAGAAGGACACGCAUGAGAAACAGGACGCGCUGGCAGCCCUGCGACUUCAGCUCGACCAGGUCAAGACGCUUAACCUGCAAAUGGUCCACAAAGCUCAGGACUCGCAACGAGAAGCAGAAAGAAAGAAGGCAGAGGCUGUGCAGCUUGAGGAGAGGAUGAAUGAAAUGGAGAAAUCAAUGGUGGAACUAGAGCAGAGACUCCAGACCUCGGAGCAGGAGCGCAAACAGAGCGACCAGUCUGACAAAGACAUGCGAGUGGAGCUGGAGGGAAAAGUAGAUGAUCUCCAGAAACAACUGACCGACCUGGAUACACAAAGACUGGGUUUGGAGAAGGAGCUGCGCACUGAGAGGGAACAGAGACAAGGUUUGCAAAAAGCUCUGCAGAGGGAACAGGACAACAGCAUGGAGCUCCGAACACAGCUGCAACAAGUGCAAGGCCUGCACACGGAGCUGCAGGAGUUGAAGCAGGAGAAGCAGCAGCUGCAGCAGAGGUGCGAGCAACAGGAACAGGCUCUACAGGAGAUGGGACAACAUCUCAGCCAGUCUAAACUCAGUAUGGAGGAUUUCAAGGAGGUCAACAAAGCCCUAAAGGGCCACGCUUGGCUGAAGGAUGAUGAAGCCACUCAAUGCAAACAGUGCCUGAAGGAGUUCUCCAUCUCACGCAGAAAGCACCACUGCAGAAACUGCGGGGACAUCUACUGCAGCAACUGCUCCAGCAAUGAACUGGCCUUACCUUCCUACCCUCGGCCUGUGCGGGUGUGCGACGUGUGCAACGCCCUCCUGCUACAAAGAAGCUCCAAAGGCUCCUGACAAAACACAAACGAGUGUCACGUGUAUCUAUGAGCGCCCUCUACUGACCACAUGCUCAUCCACUAUCAUUGUUUUUAAAUUAUGAAUGUUAAAAAAAUGUCAAGUCUUUAGGGAAUUGGAUAUGUUCAAUUUCCACUUAACCUGAAAUUCAGCACGAUUCUGUCGAGCUGUUUUCAAGCGUGAAGAACGCAGGAGGAGAUAAGAUCGUGUAGAGCAUGUUAGAGGAAGGACACUAACAGACUGCAAAUUCAAAUUGUCAACAGCUUUGAAAGAGACGCUGACUUCUUCUGCGUCUUCUUCAUGUAUUGCUUGUCUUUUUUUUCCCCUGGAGGUGUUUAGUUUUUUUUUUUUCAGUUUUGUCUUUAUUGCUUCCAGUGCAUUUUCCUGCUCUAUUGUCACACAAGCUCACUUGGGACAUUUCACCAGGGGCUGACAGGAAAAGUUCUGAAAGUGUUCUAAGCAACCGACUCAGACGUUUGCGUUCUCACAUACCUAUAAUAUCCAGAGCAUGUGUGAAAACAGAGUGCUUCAUUGCGGGCCACCUUUAACAGUGAUAGGAUGAGCUAAUUAAGUUUGUGCAGACUUGAUAUAGUUUCAUUAUUUAAUAUUUUCUGGCUGGAUUAACAGGUUUCACAUUUUGGCACUGGCUUGAUAAAGUUAUCAAAAGUGUGUAGUUUAUGUUGACGUCUCUUGAAUGAUACUGCUGGUGUUCUGCUUUAGUUGAGGGUCACUGGUGUUGCUGGUUUACAGAGAACUUGUGUACAUCAACAUUUCAUCUUAAUUUCUAUGGCUGUUGCCUCAUGCAAAACUAUGUAAAUGACUGUAGAAUGUUAACAAAUCUGAAUAUUUUAGAAUGUAUUAUAACAUGGUUUUUGUGGAUUGUCACAAAAUAAAGCCAUUUUCUUAAUUUGA